AUGCAGCAAAAUGACAGCAUAACUGAGUUUAUACUGUUAGGAUUGACCCAAGAUCCUAUGAGACAGAAAGUGGUAUUUGUAAUCUUCUUCAUUUUUUAUGUGGGAACCGUGGUAGGUAACUUGCUUAUUAUUGUGACCAUUAAGUCCAGCCGAACACUUGAGAGCCCCAUGUACUUUUUCCUAUUUUAUUUGUCCCUUGCUGAUUCCUGCUUUUCAACUUCCACAGCCCCCAGACUAAUUGUGGAUGCACUCUCUGCAAAAAAAAUCAUCUCUUACAAUGAAUGCAUGACUCAAGUCUUUUCAUUACAUUUAUUUGGCUGCAUGGAGAUCUUUGUCCUCAUCCUCAUGGCUGUUGAUCGCUACGUGGCCAUCUGUAAGCCCUUACGUUACCCAACCAUCAUGAGCCGGCAGGUCUGCACCAUCCUGAUUGUUCUGGCAUGGAUAGGGUCUUUUAUACAUUCUAUAGCCCAGAUUAUCCUGGCCUUGAGAUUGCCUUUCUGUGGACCCAAUUUGAUUGAUCAUUACUGCUGUGAUUUGCAGCCCUUACUGAAACUUGCUUGC